AUGAACGACGCUCGGGUGGACACCUACGGAGGCCGGCCACGUGUCGGCAAACGGGACGCCUCGUGUUCCCAGGAUCCCACGGCCAUCGCUCGGGACAAGACCGACUACACACUACGGACUCCACUAGCCGGUCCGUCGUUCCAGCCUGGAGUCCCCGUACAAAAGACGAACCUUGCCGCUCGAAUUGCUCUCAACAAGGUCCGAUUGGGAAGCAUUCUUCCCAACAAGCCGCAGAUUCAGUUCAAACCACCGAGGAGAAAUGUCCCUCGCCCGGUGAAAGAGUCCGACAUUACUCCUGAAAAUAUGGCCAAACUCUCCAUCGAUGAACUCAUAGACAUCUCGGGAAUUCACCUAGGUGAAAGCUUCGGGUCCAGUGUGAACAGGGUUACCAACACCACGUCUCGAUAUGGCACAAAGAAAACUGGAGAAAUGGACUCUGUUAUUAAAAGUUUCCAGGUACCGAUUGAGGAUGAGACCAUGACAAACAAAAACUCUGAAAUAACGAGAAAUGAUGGUCUCCAAGUGAAGGCAACUGGUGGUUGUAGUGGUACUAAAUGUUUGGCCGUGCCCUUCAAACUCUCCAAAAGCGGUGCCAAAACAAUCAGCAGUAUUUCAGACGAUGUACUUGUGACGGGACCAAUGAACAGAGCUACACAGAAAAAUGGCGCAAUGGUUUCGUCUACCCACCUUCAAAUCCCACCUCGCCUUCCUCCAGUUGGCAACAGUUCAUCGAGAGGCAAACAUAGCAAGGGCGAGCAUGCGAGAACUGCGGCACUGACGCGCGUUUCCAAGAAAGCUCGAAAGCAGAAAGUUGAGUUGGAUGGAUCUCAAGUAGGGAAUAAACGCUUCAUUUCGAAGCAGGAUGGAGGCAAACAGAGUGGGGCUACAACGCGCGAGGAGAAAAAUGUCAGCAAGAAACAAUUAGGCAUCUUCUCGUACAACAACAACGGCAACACUUGUCCUGGCGGGGUUAAAGGUCAAGUUUACGAGUGCAGACGUGAGCAUUGUAGUUCAGAUGAAAACCCCCGAAAGCAGGAUCCUGAUGGAGCCCAAUUGCAACAACUGGACCAGCUGGAUGACAGGUUGGGCAAAAUGAUAAACAAGACAACCGGGGAAGGACCCACAAGUCAAACUCCUGGUACCAACCCAACCCUUACACUGGAGGGCGCUGUUGAAAGGAAUCCACCCCCAGGGUUUAACGUGCCAACUGUUGACUUGAGCCGUACUUCCUCAGGUAUGGACCAUCUGGCACAAUCUCCAACAGAUUUUACACCCACCACAGUCAUGAACCCGUUUGAUGAGUCAACCAUUCAGUUGGCACAUACAAGCAGCAUCUCAUCAAAUACUACACCAGUUAUCCGUCACCAGAUGACGAGGCAAACUGUUCCUCCACCUCCUGGAUUUCAAUCCUUGCAUAUUUAUAUUGAACACAGCACCUCUACAAAGAGCAGCGCAUACGUCGACAAUGAGAAAGGCAUUGUUGAAAGUGCCGAUGACCGGGAGCUGUGUAGACUCGGUCAGUCGCAACCUACAUCUGAAGAAUGGGAUAUCGAUGAUUGGUGCUACGUGGUACAGUGGCCUGACGGCUGGAGGGAGACUAAUCGUGAUGCCUCUUACCUGCCAGCAGAUGUUCGAGAGCAGCUGCACAUUGAUCUCGGCCGGCUAGAAGGGGUGACACCUAGACAGCCCCAAACGGUUAAAAGUCAACCCUCGAAUAGAGCUGAUCACACAGGAGCAGGUCCAUCAUAUCAGGAAACCUCGAAGAGUAAUGGAAAUAACAAUCACAAACAUAGAAAGUCAAACGGUUCCAAUGGACAAUUUGGUACAGUUGGAGAGUUUAGUGAGGCACCUCAAUCUCCCAAGUCUCAAAGCAAAGGAACACUCGACUCUUCUUCAAUCAUACAGAAAGAAUCGACCAAUUUGACUUCUGCUGAACAAACUAUUACCAAUCAACACGAAGUAUCAAGUAGAUACGCAUCUGACGUCAUGAUAAGCAGUGAUUCUAAUUGGUCGCAGUCAACAGUAGAUUGGAAAGUUGACAUCGAAGAACUUCUUAUUUUGCUCUCUGGACGGAGUGACGAUACCCAAACAUCCGAAUUUCAGUCCUUUCACACCAACUUUCCUUCUAUUUGUACUGAGAAAGCCACACUUUGUGACAUGAACACUUCAUCAAGAAGUCAUCACGAGUUUAAACUUGACGUUAAACGUAGAUAUCAUAGUGAUCGCGUGGUGUGCCUCACUCUCCAAAACGGUGAACUGGAUAUUGUAGAACUGAUGAGCUCAACAUCAAACGAAGUGGAAAUCCUCUUUGAUACUUUGACAGAUGUAGAGGAGGACAGCCUGGAAAGAUAUCUUUCCGACGGCACGUGGACAGAUCGAGAAAUGGACUUCUUAUUGGGGCAAGACUUCGCCAGGAACCAACAUUUCAACCCGACUAUUAUUAAGAAUAACUGCGAAGUGACUUCCGUCUUGAGAGAAGCAAAAGCAGUGCGUGGUCGAGGGGUCACUGGCUCCAUAGGCAGUUUUGAUCUGCACGGUCGGGAAGAGUAUGGCGCUAGACACGAACCAGGUCAUUGGAACUCUGCUACCAAGUCAGUGCAGGUUCAUCACGACUAUAACAACGAGUCUAGAAAUGGAGUGGGGAGGAGGAUGCAAAGGAUGCGGCGGAAGCAUAGCUUGGCAUCAGAAAGCUACGCCUCAACAAAUCGACCCAAGGUGAGCAAGGAGCUCAGCAAGAGCUCCCUCCCAAUCCCCCUCAAUGACGGAUCAAAGACAGACUCUGACAGCUGGCAGGUUAGUGAAGCAAGGGAAGCUUCAGCACCACCUGCCGUGACAGAAAGCCAGGUAUCUGUAAGAAUUCAUCAGCAUAGACAUGGCACGCCUGAGCAGAUUUACAAAGAGUUGAAACUCCAAACGUCUGCCGAAUCCAGUGGCGAAUAUGCUCACCCGCGAGAUGUGCCUGCCUGUGAAUUCCUUCGGCAAGAAGGUGCUGUUGGACAACAAAGUGUGGAUGACACAUUGCAAACCACACACAAGGAAGGUCAUGCUACAGAGGUAGGUGAUUCGACCGAUGAGGAUCAUUUGAAUCCACCGUCGGACCGUGAAACUGAACAACGUCCAUUACCAAUGAAUUGGAGUUCGGCACCGAAACCUGUUGCAGUUAAAAUAGAAAAGAGUAACACACAUGACAUUGGAAAUGAUGAGAAUUGUCCACUGCGGAAUAAACCAAAAGGCACAGAUGCAGAUGAUGGUGCUUCAUCGAGGAUACAAUACAACAAAGAUGUGCCAGAGCAUGUUCUGAAGGAACAUCAUGUACUUGCGACUUGCGGUCGUAGACGGACGCAAGAUGAUUCAAAAUUGGCUGGUUGGAAAAAUGCUACGGAACAUCGACGGCACUCUCGGGUUUACGGUCAAUCACUUGCUAAAGAUAAGCACGAUUCAUCCUCUACAGUGCACGGGGAAGAUUCGCUGAAACAAAUGGCGAAGAAGGUCGAGUUGGCAACAACAAGCUCCAGUAGCGAACCAGGUUAUGUGAUAAACGGCGCCUGGUCGCAGACGGUGAGCAUUGAAGAAUGGAUGCGAAUUAACGACGAGCAGUUGGAUCAGGCCAUCAAGAUGGAACGGAUCAAUGGAGGGCGCCCUGCUAAACAGGUCGCCCCGUCAACGAAUACUUACCAGCGAAUUUUGCGUUGGUUGAAGGAAUCAGAUUUCUCAGUGAUACCGCGCAGGAAAAGAGCAAAACAAUCAUGAAAAAACACUGAAAAAUAUACAGUCAUAGUUAACUCCUUUUCGUAUUCAUAUUAACAAAAUAAUGUAAGCUUUAAAAUACAGCAUUUGAUGAAAGUGUUGGCCAAUGUUUUUUGUUAUUUAAAUUAUUUUAUCAUGCAUUUUUUACCAUUUUUAUUAAAUCACUAUGAAGUCGAAAUUUGAGUGGGAGUACUUUUAAGUCAUUGUUAUAUAAUAUUGACUGCAAUGAAGACUGUAAGUUUUUAUUUUAGCUAAGGAACAAAUAUUGAUAAAACGAUGCAGUUCUUUAAAAAACACCCAAAAAACAAAAAACUUAUUAUGUCUAGGAUGACGAAGUAUGGGCCCAAUUUCAUGGCUCCGCUUAACCGUGACUCCGUGAGCAAAGAAUCGGCGCUUGGGGAAGCAGGGAAUUGUAUGGUUAUGUCAAGUGUACCCCUAGACUUUACUCAAGUCCCAAUCCCGUGCCAUC